UCAUCAUCAUCAUAAUGGCAUAUGGCCGGGUAUGCAGCUGAAACUCUCGGCACUCUUCGCCUGAUGAAGGCAGAGAGAGGCUGACUGCUCCCUCCGAAUCCGCCACCCCAGCCCCGCCGUCCCGUGCCCGCACCAUGGGGCCCGAGCUGCGGAAUGCCACCGUCCGCACCGACCCCGCCGUCCCCUCCCUCGCUUUCAACCUCAGCUAUGGUGACUACGACCUGCCUCUGGACGAGGGCGAAGACAUGACCAAGACCCGCACGUUCUUUGCGGCCAAGAUCGUGAUCGGGGUGGCCCUGGUGGGCAUCAUGGUGGUCUGCGGCGUUGGCAACUUCAUCUUCAUCGCUGCCCUGGCCCGCUACAAGAAGCUGCGCAACCUCACCAACCUGCUGAUCGCCAACCUGGCCAUCUCCGACUUCCUGGUGGCCAUCGUCUGCUGCCCAUUCGAGAUGGACUACUAUGUGGUGCGCCAGCUGAGCUGGGAGCAUGGCCACAUCCUCUGUGCCUCCGUCAACUACCUGCGCACGGUCUCUCUCUACGUCUCCACCAAUGCCCUGCUGGCCAUUGCCAUGGACAGAUAUCUGGCCAUUGUCCACCCACUGAAGCCUAGGAUGAAUUACCAGACAGCCAGUCUCCUGAUUGCAUCGGUCUGGUUGGUGUCCAUCCUCAUCGCCAUCCCGUCAGCGUAUUUUGCCACCGAGACGGUCCUCUUUAUCGUCAAAAGUCAGGAGAAGAUUUUCUGUGGCCAGAUCUGGCCAGUGGACCAGCAGAUGUACUACAGGUCAUACUUCCUCUUCAUCUUCGGGAUCGAGUUUGUGGGCCCCGUCCUCGCCAUGACCCUGUGUUAUGCCCGGAUCUCCCAAGAGCUCUGGUUCAAGGCGGUGCCCGGCUUCCAGACGGAGCAGAUCCGGAAGCGGCUGCGGUGCCGCAGGAAGACCGUCCUGGUCCUCAUGGGCAUCCUCACGGCCUACGUGGUCUGCUGGGCCCCGUUCUACGGGUUCACCAUCGUGCGGGACUUUUUCCCCACCGUGUUUGUGAAGGAGAAGCACUACCUCACGGCCUUCUACAUCGUCGAGUGCAUCGCCAUGAGCAACAGUAUGAUCAACACCCUGUGCUUCGUGACUGUGAAAAACAACACCAUGAAGUACUUCAAGAAGAUCCUGCUGCUCCGGUGGAGAUCCUCCUAUAACGGGAGCAAAACCAGCGCCGACGUCGAUCUCAAAACCAGCGGGGUGCCCGCCACCGAGGAGGUGGACUGCAUCCGGUUAAAAUAACCGAUCUGAUUUUUGGACAGCGCGCACAGCGUACAUAUGGCAGAUGUUUCCGUGCUGUAAUCCUCUAGACUGUAAGCUCCUUGUAGGCAGAGACCGA